UUAAUUAAUUAAUUCUAAUAUUAAAAAAAAUUAACAAAAUUCUAAAGAUUAUUUUAUUUAGAAAAACAAUUAAUUUAUACAAAAAAUUAUAAUAUAAAGUAAAAUUAUAAUAAAACUGAUUAAACGACAUACAGAAACAACGAGUUUUGCCAGAAUGAUAAGCAGUAACAGGAAUCGAUAAUUUUCCCCAAGUGUUUAUGGUACCAAUUGUUUCCAAAUCUAUAAUAAACAUGUGCUAAGAAAUUACUAAAUAAACAUAUUAAACGGCUUCAGAAGGAAAACGUAAAUAAUUGCUUUAAAAAUGUCUUUAAACAAGGAAAUCGCCAUGGUCAAGUUGCCACAGUCGCGUAGUGUGUGGGCCAUAUGUAUGGCCUCAUUUUUACUAUGCUUUAUAUUCUAUUAUUUCUAUGGUGGUUAUUUAACAAUGGCCUUAAUCGCUUCUGUGUUAUUGGGUAUAUUUUACUAUGCCCAAGAUAUAUUACUCUAUCAUCCCGAUUUGCCCGCAAAUUCUCGCAUCUAUAUACCCAUACCGACUAUGCAUAAUCUACCUCAUGAAACGGUCAGCAUACGUACACCCGACAAGGUUAUCUUGCAUGCUUUCUGGGUGGCACAACCGGAGGAGCGUUCUAAAACGUGUCCCACAUUUGUGUAUUUUCAUGGCAAUGCCGGUAAUAUGGGUCAUCGCAUGCAAAAUGUUUGGGGUAUUUUUUAUCAUCUUAAUUGUAAUAUUUUAAUGGUGGAAUAUAGAGGCUAUGGCCUCUCUACGGGUGCUCCCAGUGAAAAAGGCCUGGUAACCGAUGCUCGUGCAGCCAUAGAUUAUCUUUACACCCGCCACGAUUUAGAUCAUACACAAAUUGUGGUAUUUGGUCGCUCACUAGGUGGUGCGGUGGCUGUAGAUGUUGCAGCCGAUACGGUGUAUGGCCAGAAGAUUAUGUGUGCCAUUGUAGAGAAUACGUUUACCAGUAUACCGGAGAUGGCGGUAGAAUUGGUACAUCCUUCAGUGAAAUUUAUACCUCAUAUAUUGUAUAAAAAUAAGUUCCAUUCAUUAUCGAAAAUAACGAAAUGUUCAGUGCCAUUUUUAUUUGUAUCCGGUUUGGCGGAUAAUCUAGUGCCACCACGUAUGAUGCGCGCCUUAUAUACGGCCUGUGGUAGUGAUCGUAAACGUUUAUUGGAAUUUGUUGGUGGUUCUCACAAUGAUACCUGGAUAGUUGAUGGGUAA